AUGUCUGAGCCAUUGUUCUCUCUGGGCAAGUCCCUGAACGCGAGCACAAUCUCGAUCUUGAGGCAAAUUGGACGUUCUCUAUGCGCCCGAUUUCCAGCGACAUCUGCCAGCCCCAACGACGCAGGCAUCAUAUCCUUCAAAACAAGGCACACGUUGGGCUACAUUCCGAAGGCAGAGGACCAUUUUGCUGCGCCUCUUCCACUACAGUCGAGCAUCAGGGGAAGCCUCGAAACCUCGCAACUCGAAUUACAGACCUGCGAAGGUUCAGACUUUAGUCCAGCCUACAUCCAUUGUUUCGGAGAGUCGUUAUUGUCAAGCGAUGGUGUUUGUGGAGAUCUUGCCGUGCACGCGGUCAUCGAUGUCACAGGGCUGAGUGCGACGUCUCCGUACCAUGCAGUAGUAAGUGUUUCAUCUUAUCAGGGCAAAGAGCAUGUGCCCACGAAAUCAGGAAAUCCGUACGAAAGUGCAAAUAAGAGACCUUACCUUGGUUUGGCAAGGCAGAAUCAGGAAGUACUACCCGACCAGAAUGAUAGUGUAAUUGGGCGCAAAUCCAUCAAUCAUAAGCAGUGCACACCCUUCCAUGAGAGCCCAUACACCUCGCUUAUGCCUCGUUCUUUUUGGCAGACUAACGUGAUGGGAUGUACGUACAUUGCAGCGUACCCUGAGAUGACAAUAGUGGGUUUAGGUCGCAAAUUAUGACCAUAUCGAUAUAGUGAAGAUAGUCAUUUCUUGAAGGAGCUUCUGGCCAACUGUUUAGCUGUAGUGGCUGCAUAGGAAAUACUUCCGACUCGUCCACCUUUUUGGCAGCAACAUCGAACCAUCGAGGGUUAUGCAAAUGCCAUGCCCGGAUGAUAGAACCAACUUGACACACCGCCCUGUAUGAGCCGUCGCAGAUUCGAGUCUUAGGCAUCAAUGCAUUGAUCGACUAUGCGUCGUGCAUGUGGUUCAUACUUCGGUGGUCUGGACUUGGGCAGCAGUAUCUGCCUCUGGCCAGAGGCGGAUUAUACUUUCC